AUGUCACAGCAUGGAUAUGUGAGGAUUGACCUUUAUUCUCCUCAUUAAUGAGAAAUAAAAACAUUGUAUGCAUCUCUAAGUGAUAUAGUGUUUAGAAAUGAUUAUCCGUAAAAAGCGUUCGUCAAAGAAACAUUUAAACAAAAUAGAACAAAAGAAAAGGAAGCCCUCGAUUCUGCCAGUAAAACUGGAAAUACCUCUAUCAUGUUCACAAUGCAACACAGAUUUCUACACAAAUGUCGAAUAUGCCUUACAUUCCAUAAAUCAUAGUAAAGAUGAGAAAUACUCUUGCCAUUUUUGUGAGUACACAAAUAACUCCAAGUACCGUCUAGAAGCCCAUGUUAGAGCUCACGAAGGUUCUUCGAAGUACAAGUGCGAAAUUUGUAAUAAACCCUUCAAUAUAAGCACUCAUGCAAAGGAGCAUAAGUAUUUCCAUACUGGAGAGAAGCCUUUUCAAUGCGAGAUAUGUGGUGGACAUUUUAUGUUUUCGAGAAUAUUAACCAAACACAGGCGAUCGGCACAUUACGAAGUUAUUUUUGGAAAACCCUUGGCCAAAUACGAUUGCAAGAUAUGCAACAAGCAUUACGAAUCUCUUCCCGGUCUUCAACGCCACAUGUACAGCAACCAUAACGACAACGGUGCUGACUGGUCGGUAAUAUGUGAUAUUUGCGGAAAAAAAAUUGCGUCAAAAGAAAAGUUAAAAUACCAUUUAAGAACUCACACGGGGGACAGACCGUUUGCAUGUGUUUCUUGUCCAAGAAGAUUUCCAAAAAAGGAUCAAUUAAAGGAACACGAAAGAGUGCAUACAGGCGAAAAACCUUUCACUUGUACUUACUGUGGGAAGAAUUUCGGUCAUAGGGCUCCGUUUAGGUAUCAUAUUAAAACGCAUACGGGUGAAAAGCCUUAUAAUUGUCCUAUUUGCGGGAAAGGGUUUAUAUCAAAAGCUGCUCAAUCGGGACAUGCACUUACAUGCAUAAAAAAGUAAUAAAAUAGAAAUGUUUGUAAACAUUUUUGAUACAAUCAGAGAUUUAUUUUUUUAUUACAGAUAAAUAAGUAUCCAAGGAUUAAAAACGGUUUAUGCCUUUUCUACCCAAAUAAUAAUUGUUAUAAAAAUUAUCAAAUAUUUGUCUUUUUGUAAAUCAAAUUUAGUAACUGUUGCUUUUUUUUAUUUAUUUUAUGUUCAAGUUAAUUGAUUUGGCAGUGCAGAUAAUUGAAUAAAAAUCUACAAUUAGAGAUUAUAGGAAGAUUUUUUUACAUAAAUGGAGUAGAGUGUAUCUUAAAAGAAGAUUUGAUUUGAAGGCUAUACAGCUAGAAAUUUUUUAUUCACAUUCAUUGUCGAUUUUGGCUCCACUGGAUUGUAUAAAUUAAACAACAAAAGCCAUGUGCACUGCAAUGUAGCCUUAUUAACCUUAUUGUGUAUAAAACACAGGUACUUGUUGAAACCCAGAGAAGCACUAAAAUACUACUAAAUCAAAGAUAUUAGAACGCAUUGAUAUAUCGAGAAUAUACGCCUACAGCUACUUUUAAACAAUUAAAUAAUUAACACCCAGUUAGCACAAACAUAUACCUAGUCUUUUAGAGAAAUAUACGGUGUACGUUUGGCAUAUGCCUAGAAAAUACUCAAAUAUCCAAGAUAUAUUCUAAGAAUAUACAUCCCUCAAAUUUUAAAUCAGAAAUUUUAUUAAAAAUAAAAGACUUAAAUGUUCCAACCCCAAGCAUUUAUACAGGUGGCGUGGUCAUCUAGCAAAAUUUUUUUGGAAUCUUAGCAGCAUUAAUUCUCUGUACAUUUAUGUAUAUAUUAUAGAUAUACAUAAAUGCAUCAAAGUUAGGUAUGUUUUAUGUUGAAAAGAUGUAUAUACCCGAAAUAAUAUACUUUCUACUUACAUUUUCAGUACAUACUAUGCGUAUUCAUGUGGGUAUCAUUGUUUAAUAAAUGGUUUAUAUAAAGAUUUGAAUCCCAAACAUAUUUCUUAUAGUUUUUAAAUCUCUUGUAAAGCGCAUGUGUGUAAGAUAAUUAUUUCCUGAUCAAUUAUGCUUAAGGUUGGAACAACGGAUAAAGAGUUCGAUAUUUGGAUGAACAAAAUCAUAACCUCAUCAUUUACAAUCA